CCGAGGCUGGUGAAAGGUUUCUGAGGGUGUAGAGUAGAGUUUAUUUACAUUCCAUAAAUCCUUCUUAGGACUCAACCAAAGGAUAUAGAACAUGUCAUUUCAUACAAUAUACAUAUACACUGGUGUGUUUACAAUCUUAUGAAAAACUGUGAUCCGUGCUAGUAAAGCUAGGAUUUUUAUCACUUAUUAUCUAACGUAUCUGAAGAGAGAACACGUAAAGCAUGGCGACAGAUAUUGAAACUUCUUCGUCAUCAGGUGACGAGGAACUUUAUUUAUAUAAUUUAAAACCUCCGUCUUGGAAACAGGAGAGAACAUCUGUGCAAGUAAUUGACAUCCAAAGCCCAGGAGGUCAUGGUUCCCAAAAUCCAACUUAUUCAACUAGAAACAAAGCCAAUAAUAUUGGUAAAGUUGUGUCAAGUGAAGAAAUGGAUACAUCUGAAUUACAAAACAUGAACUCUGCAUGGGAAAGUUGCGUUCACAUUCAGCAUUCAGCAUCAGAUGUUUUGAAGAAAGUCAGCAAUGGGAAAAUAAAGUCUGAUAUCACAGAAACUGCCAGUCCACCAUCAGUCAAGCCACAUGUUAGAAUGUCAGAUGAAUUUCAGAACACACAAGAUGUUGAAUGCCAGACAGUUUUGACUGGGGAAUUGUUAGAAGGCUUACAAAAGAGACAAGAUGUUGGGAGUCAAACCAUUGGUACUGGAGAUGUCAUCUCAUUGAAUCUGUACUAUGGUAACCUGUCUGGUUGCAAACUUGCCACCACUACUUGUGGCCCACUGAACAAGGGACUACACAGAUACACAACACUGAAUGAUAUUGAGAAAUGUAUAGAUGUUUUUCAAGGUAAUAUCACACAACUGUCUCAAACUGUAAGUUGCACUGUUGAGGUCAAAAGCAAGGGGAGACAGGUUAAUUAGGCUAAAAUUAAUGCUCAUGUUAAUGACAGUUGGUCUAACUCAUCACCACAAAAUUACUAGGUAUUAUACUUGUUUUUCACACAUUAUACUCUUUUACAUAAGUUUGUUUUUCUCUGUCCAUUGCAUUAGAAAUGGUUAUCAACACUAGUUUAUUUCUCUACAAAGUCAUGUCCAAUAUACACAACAAACUGUUUGAAUUAAUUUUUACAUUCAACAAAUGUUAAUAUUUUGUUUCAAUAUAAAAUAUUCAUAUUCUUUGGAAAUUUAUUUGUAGCAAUAACAAAUGAGUGCCACCUUUGUGGAUGUCAUUGAAAUUUUGCUGUCAUGCCUUGGUGGUACAUGACUUAGUUUUAUUAGCAUCCAAGGGAAAUUAUAAAACCCUUCAAUAGAUUACUCACCCAUUUGUUUAAUGUUUUUGAAAACUCACAAAAGGCAACUGAUGUCAUUAACAGACUGACUUAUCUUCAUGCUCACAUGAGAUAACUGCUACUUGAUGAAUGUCUUCUCUUGAAUGAAACUACUUCACUUGAAUAGAUUCUUCUGUGUUUGUAAAGAGAUCAAAAUCACAUGUCAAGGAAAUAUGGUGGACCUUCAAGAGUCUCCAACUUCCACCAUGCCAAGUCUCAUACUGUCAGCCACAAGGGCACAUGCAUUUCUAUGCUAUAUGACCUAUGGAAGCAUGUGGUCACCUUUGUCACAAUAGAUGUGGAUGAUGAUGCUCCAGGAAUUUAUGUUAGUACUGUAGAAUCACAGUACGGUCCUGUUCAUGAUGGAGUAUGACAUCACUGCAUGUGAUAUCCCAUCUUAAUGGGAAAUAUGUCUUAAUUCUGGUGAUUAUUUUGAGUGGGUACAGAUGCAAGUAUGCUGUGACAUUUGUUUCUGUUGGAGUCACUGUCUGUAGCAUGGACUGAAACUUUGAAAUUUCAGCUAUAAUGAAAUCUGAAUGUUCUGCCAUCAAUCAAAAAUGCCAUCCAUGUUUUGAUGGAUUUAUUUAACAUACUUUUUCAACUCUACAAGUUAUGUGGCAUUGAAUGGUAGGAUUAUUUGUGGAUGAUGAAUAGAAAAUAUUUAGAAAGCAGUGAUUGUGGCCUGUUUUAAUGUACUAUGAGACUGGAAGGAUAGAAAAAAACCACAAAAAUUUUCAGUGCAUAUAGCUGGUCUCCACACAAACUCAAAUCACACGACCUCCAGAAUACAAAGCAGGCAGUGGUAACAAUCAACCAUAA